AUGUCUGACCUCCCUGCCUUCAAAGACGAGACCCGCACGUCCUACACCACGCCUCCGAACCCCGGUUGGAAGAUCGGUCAGAAGGUCGACGCGACGCCUGAGGGAAGGGCAUGGCUCGAGGGCGAGAAGGCCGGGUGGAAAUUCCUCGACACGAAGGAGGCUUCUCCCAUUGAUCUGUACAAGCUCUUCGUGAGCGGCGUUGUCCCCCGACCCAUCGCCUUCGUCUCCUCCGAAGCCGAGAACGGCACGCAGAACCUCGCCCCAUUCAGCUGGUUCAACACCGUCACAUCCAACCCUCCCACCAUCUCCGUCUCCGUCGUGAAUAUGGGCAAGCCCUACAAGGACACAGCGGCCAACAUCCGCGCCACGAAGCAGUUCGUGGUGAACAUUAUCUCCGAGCCGUUCGUGCAGAACGCGAAUGCGACUUCCAUCGAUACACCACCGGAGGUCAGCGAGUGGGCAUUGAGCGGUCUGACGCAGGCGCCGAGCAAAUUCGUUAAGCCGCCGCGCGUGAAGGAGUCUGCAUUUGCCAUGGAGUGUGAAGUCUACGAGAUCGUGGACAUCAAGAACCCCGACACGGGCGUCGCAACAACCACGUUCGUGAUCGGCCUUGUCAAGGGUGUACACAUCCGCCAGGACGUGCUCUCGCAAGAUGGCAGCACGAUUGACAUCAGCAAGUUCCAGGCCGUCGGACGCUUAGGCGACAUCAGCUACGGUCGCAUCGGCGAGGCGUUCCGAAUUGGACGCCCGAGCUACGAGGAGAACAAGGAGCUCAUCGACGGACUCGCCAAGGGAGUAAAAAUUGCACAUCUGUGA